CAUUGUCACAUGCUCACCAACUCCCUUUCCUCACCACAAAUUCCCUGCUAAACCAGAGCGAGAGAGCUCUAGAAAUGGCUGAGAAGCAGAAGAAGAAGAAAUCAAAAGUAAUCAUUGUAGGAGGGAGCAUAGCAGGGGUCUCAUGCGCCCAUGCGCUUACUUCAAUAGGAUGGCAAGUCGUGGUGAUCGAGAAAACUGCCGCUCCCCCAACCGGUAGCCCAACCGGUGCUGGACUGGGGCUGGACUCUUUGGCUCAAAUGCUCAUUACUUCAUGGAUUGCUAAUCCCCAACUUCUCCAGCACGCCACCUUGCCCCUCACAAUUGAUCAAAACCAAGCAAGUGAUAGUUCUACAAAGGUGAAUUGGACACUGACAAGAGAUGAGGAAUUCAAUUUUAGAGCAGCACAUUGGGCUGAUCUCCAUGGCCUUCUAUACAAUGCAUUGCCACCAGAUAUAUUCUUAUGGGAUCAUCAGUUCAUCUCUUUCAGCAUUUCUGAGGACAAAUCCUAUAUCAAAGUUAAGGCUAAAGUCCUUCGAAACGAUAAGAUCGUUGAGAUAGACGGAAAUUUACUGGUCGCAGCAGAUGGGUGCCUGUCUUUAAUCCGCCAGAAUUUUCUCCCAGACCUUAAAUUGAGGUAUUCCGGUUACUGUGCAUGGAGAGGGGUUCUUGACUUCUCAGGAAGAGAGGAUCCCAAAACCAUUGAAGGCAUCAGAAAAGCAUACCCUGACCUUGGGAAAUGCUUGUAUUUCGACCUCGGCUCUAAAACUCAUUGUGUGCUUUAUGAACUUCCCAAUAAAAGGCUGAAUUGGAUUUUCUAUGUCAAUCAACCUGAGCCUGAGAUAAAGAGAAAUUCAGUUACUAUGAAAGUAAGUGAAGACAUGAUCGAUGAGAUGAUGAAAGAAGCAGAGAAAGCUUGGGUUCCGGAGUUGGUUAAAGUGAUGAAGGAGACCAAGAACCCUUUCUUAAAUGCCAUAUAUGACUGUGACCCUCUAAGGCAGAUCUAUUGGGACAAUGUCGUGUUGAUUGGAGAUGCCGCUCACCCAACAACUCCUCAUGGUCUAAGAAGCACAAACAUGUCGAUACUAGAUGCAGCAGUUCUUGGCAAAUGCCUCGAGAAGUGGGGAGUGGAGAAUUUACACUCAGCUCUGGGAGAAUAUCAGUCGAUUAGGGUACCUGUUACCUCUAAACAAGUUCUGCACUCACGGAAGUUGGGCCGUAUUAAGCAAGGCUUGCAUCUUCCUAAUCGAGAACAGUUUGAUCCGAAGAAAGCAACUUCAGAGGACCUCAAAGAUCUUCAACAGAAGAACAUGCCCUUCUUCACUAGUGUUUAUUAAUUACUUGAUUCUAUCUUACACCGUGUUUGACUCUCAAAGGAUGAAAAAUAAAAAUUGAUAUUAAAGAACCCUGCAGAAUACCUGAACUGUAAGAGAAACAAUUUCCUUUGAUCUAUACAUCGGCCCUCCGGUCAGAA